ACUGUGCAGACUACACAGAGCAGAAAACGGCCAAGUGCCGAGCACUCCUGCAUCACCGAUCUCACUGCUCCUGCUUCCAUGGAGGAGGAUCCCGGCAGCAGCAGCAACAUGGACGCGCUCAUCCAGCGCCUCAGGCUCCACCGGCCGCGCCCCUCCCCGUACGCCGCCGGCAACCCGUCCGCCGCGCUGGCCCCCUCGCCCGCCGCCGCGGGCGGGGCCGGCGAGCCGUUCCGCCCGCGGAGGGCCGCCGUGCUGGUCUGCCUCUUCCGCGGCGGCGCCGGCGAGCUCCGCGUCCUCCUCACCAAGCGCUCCUCCUCCCUCUCCACCCACUCCGGGGAAGUUGCUCUGCCAGGAGGAAAGGCUGAGGAGGGUGAUGCUGAUGAUGCAGCGACAGCAUUGAGGGAGGCAAAGGAGGAGAUUGGACUUGAUUCUGCUCUGGUAACUGUUGUUGCCUCUCUUGAGCACUUCUUGUCAAAGCAUCUUCUGGUGGUUGUCCCUGUUGUUGGUAUACUCUCUGAUAUAGAAGCAUUUAAACCUGUUCUUAAUGCUGAUGAGGUGGACAGCAUUUUCGAUGUACCCUUGGAGAUGUUCCUCAAGGAUGAGAAACGGACAUCCGAGGAGCGAGAAUGGAUGGGCCAAGAAUUCACAAUUCAUUACUUCAAUUAUGAGAAAGGGAGUGAGAAGUAUGUUAUCUGGGGUCUGACUGCUGGCAUCCUGAUACAUACUGCUUCAGUUGUAUUCCAGCGGCCACCAGACUUUCCUGAGCAAAGAGUACAAUUCAACUUGCCAAAGUUCUCAAGGGAAUGUUCUCCAAUGCCAUGAGAGUUAACUGCUAAACACUAAUGCUAUAAUACAGUUUCAGUUAUAAACAUUGGAGUGUACAGCAGAGCAAGAUUACAUCUCAAGAGAUUGCUACAGAAUCAAACGGCUGUUGUACAGUUUAUAUUCUUCGCGCAUUUUUUGUGCAUAAAAGUAUUAAGAAAUUAACAUCUAGAAAAAAUGCUAAUGUUAUUCAAGCCCACCCCCAAAUCCCCAAUUAGAUGAGAGUGACCAAGCAAGUCUAAAUUUGGGUACGCAUUGAUCCAUUAGAUUAACUGAAGAGGACUAAAAAUUUACCUUUUCGUUAUUUCUUCAUUUUAAGUUGAACUAGAGUGGGUCAAUGGGGUACCCAUGGAUUAACCAACUCCCUACCUAUCCCCAAGUGUCCCGAUAAGUGUUGAUGUAACCAAAAAGUUGUACUAAUGCUGUUUGGAAUAUGUCAAAAUCAGUUUGAGUGCAUUCUUUAGUUAGGAACCAAAGUUUGUAAACUCAGUUUGUACUUCAGAUCCUGUUGAUUCUUCAUCGUUCUGCUACUUGGAAUCUGGAUGAUGGCUGCUAAAAGACUCAAAGUCCUAAUAACAUGGACCCUCUGCUUUGCAUCCAGUAAACAUUCAUAAAUUUCGUUUUUAUAUCAGAUUAUUAUUUUUCUAGUUAAAUGUCAGAAUCACCAUCUUUGUAAGCUACAUUACCUAUUAGUCAAUUAACUCAUAGCCUG